GUAAUGAUUUGAUGAGCUGCACGAGAUACUCAUAAAUAAAUUAAUAUGACUCCGGUCACGAGUAGCAAGUGAGAAGAGCUAUUUACUCAUACUUGAGACUGGAAUAAACUGAACCUGAACUCUACAAUGGACCGAAAUACACGAAUUCUCAUCGUCGGAGCUGGCUGCUUCGGCACCUCAACCGCUUAUCAUCUCGCCCAGCGCGGCUUCACGUCCAUCCGCGUGCUGGAUCGAUAUCCUGCGCCAUCCUGCGAGGCCGCCUCCACCGAUAUUAGCAAGAUCAUUCGCAGCGACUACAACGAGCCGCUGUAUGCACGGUUAGGGAUUGAGGCGAUUGCCGCCUGGAAGUCUUGGGACUUGUUCCGUGGGCUGUAUCAUGUCCCUGGCUGGAUUCUGAGCGCAUAUAAACUGUCGUGUGCGUUUGUCGAAGGGUCGAUUGAGACGUGCACCAAGCUCGGGGUGGAGGGAUUGGAGCGCCUGUCGACGCAGCAGAUCCGGGAGCGAUUCCCCCUUGUAACGGGUGAAUUGGAUGGGUGGAAUAUUAACGUCUGGAAUCCAACGGCUGGCUGGGCGGCGGCCGGGGAGGCCUUGCGACGCAUGGCUGUCGCGGCGCAGGAGCAAGGGGUUGAGUAUGUAUCUGGAGAAGAGGGCUGGGUCAAGAGGCUGUUGUUCGAUGAUAAGAAGCGUUGCACGGGAGUGAUCACGGCGGAUGGCUCCACGCAUGUCGCUGACUUGGUCGUGGUGGCUGCCGGGGCUUGGACGCCAACAUUGCUGGACGUGGCGGGCCAGUUGACGGCCAAGGGCCACAGCGUGGCGCACAUCCAGCUCUCCCCCGCGGAAACAACUCACUAUUCCACAUUGCCUAUCAUGGAUAAUCUGGAGCUGGGCUACUUCUUUCCGCCGCAGGCCGAUGGGGUGUUCAAGAUGGCGCACAGCCAGUUCAUCACAAACAUGCAGACGGAUACACGGUCCGGAAACAAGUCGUCUGUUCCCCACACCUUUGUAGAGAAUCCAGAAGAUGAUCUCCCGCUGGAGAUUGAAGCUCAGAUGCGCCGAAACCUUCGUCGUGUUCUACCAGAACUCGCCGACCGUCCCUUCUGUUAUACUCGUCUUUGCUGGGACGCUGAUACCGCUGACCGCCAUUUUCUGAUUUCACCGCAUCCUGUUCAUCAAGGGCUGUACUUGACGGCCGGAGGAUCAGCGCAUGGUUUUAAAUUUCUGCCCGUGCUGGGCAAGUACAUUGCCGACUUGCUGGAAGGAUCGCUAGAGCCUGACAUUGCCCGGCAGUGGCAAUGGCGCGCAGGCCAGACGGUGACCGCGAAGAAUCUCGCCCAUCAGGAUCCGGAGUUGGAGUUGAGUGACCUGACAGGAUGGAAGGGGCGUAAAACACGUGAGAGUGGUCCGAGGUUGUAAUAAUCAUCGAGAUAAAGCAGGUAUUGCAUGCUAGAAUGAAUGAAUCUAUGUUAGCGCUAGCUUCAACCCUCCAAGCAUCGUCAUCGCAUGUUCCCAUUCAAAGCGCGCUGUCUUCCCUGACAUGGCGCCGUUGGCAAAUUCAUUUUGGUUAAGGUCACGGCGUCGCCAGACCAUCUCUAUCACUUCUCUUGCCGGUGCGAUAUUGCCAAACCGACGAAUGGCCUCCCACUCU